ACUAGCAAGACUUGCUUAUAUCAUAUCCACGAGUUCGUUGGUCAAUCCUCGUUUCUCGGCCUUUCUCUGGGGUUUCAUGCGUCAAGUUUCCAAGAAAAUUUCUCGGUGUUCAAGUUAUUGUUUUCUUCAGGGUAAUCUCUGUUUGACUUCACCACCUUGCUUUUGGCUCGUGAUUGAUGGAGAAUACUGGAGGGGGUUCUUUUCUAAGAAAUAGAAGAUUGGAGAACUUCCUCCAUACAAAUUCUGUCCCAAAUGUGAGGGAAACCCGGAAAUUUUCUGAGAAAGAUGCUGCAGCUGACAGGUCUUUGACAGAUGUUUGUGUUGAUGAUGAUGGAUGGAUAAAUUCAUUGAUAUCUUGUCUGAGGAUCAUUACUUGUUUUGUGACAAUGAUGGUUACAACAUUUAUUUGGGCAUUGAUCAUGCUUAUGCUCCUGCCCUGGCCUUAUCAGAGAGUCCGGCAAGGAAACAUCUAUGGCCAUGUCACUGGUAGAUUGCUGAUGUGGAUCUUAGGAAAUCCAGUGAAGAUUGAAGGUACUGAGUUCUCUAAUAAGAGGGCUAUAUACAUCAGUAAUCAUGCAUCUCCCAUUGACAUUUUCCUCAUAAUGUGGUUGACUCCAACAGGCAGCGUUGGCAUUGCAAAGAAAGAGAUCAUAUGGUAUCCCCUAUUUGGACAACUAUACGUUUUGGCUAAUCAUCUCCGCAUAGAUCGUUCCAACCCAACUGCAGCCAUUCAGUCCAUGAAAGAGGCUGUAAAUUCUGUUAUAAAAAACAAACUUUCGAUGAUCAUUUUUCCUGAGGGCACCAGGUCCAAAAAUGGACGACUUCUUCCCUUUAAAAAGGGUUUUGUUCAUUUGGCCUUGCAGUCACGUCUUCCAAUAGUUCCAAUGGUGUUAACAGGUACCCAUUUGGCCUGGAGGAAAGGUACCUUACAUAUUCGACCAACACCCAUAACUGUAAAGUAUCUUCCUCCUAUAGAGACUGAUAAUUGGACCGCCGACAAGAUUGAUGACUACAUAAAGAUGGUACACAACAUAUACAUCGAAAACCUCCCCGAGUCUCAGAAGCCAGUCAUCUCAGAAGGUACCUUGAAUGGUUCAACAUCAUAGUUGAGUUGCCUCAUUGUACAAUAAGCAAAAGGGAAUCCUCUACUUAGAUUAGAAUAAAUAGUUAUGUACGGAAUAAUUCGUUUCGAAUUAGUGGUAUAGAUUUUGAGUUAAGGCGAUUAGUUCCUGUAGAUGAUCUAUUCGAGUUUCACAGAUUUUUUUUUUCUCCUCAUUUAAUAUAUGUAAAUAAUUUUAAUUUGUUUAAAAAAAAAUAAUGUAUGAUAUUUCCU